CAUAAACACUAACUGCAACAAUCCAACAUGGCGAGUCCAAGCAAAAGGUCAGAGGAUGUCUACGGUCAAAAGCUCGACCGUUGUUUAUACAAUGGUCUCAUAAAGUUUGUUACUGGAGUGGGAGUAGGCAUUGUCUUUUCAGCACUACUUUUCAAGCGAAAACCCUGGCCUGUUAUUUUGGGAGGUGGUAUUGGUACUGGCAUGGGCAUAUCUGAUUGCAAUAAUGAAUUCAAAUCAUCUGGAUUUAGAGAGGUGUCACCUUCAUACCAAUUAAUGGAGAAUAAUCAGCAACUCCCACUUGAAACACAUAAAACUGAGGGAUACAAAAGACAGCGUUGUAGUCGUUGUGAAACCAGCAAAGAUGUAGAGAAAGAAAAUAAAUUGCCUUGGAUGGCUAAGCCUAAAAAUGACUCAUAAAAAGUGAAAACCCACCCCAAAAUGCAGUACACCAUCAGAUAAAACAAGUGAAACAUCGUGAUAUACAUGCCAGUCUCUUCGCAGUCCACUUUUUUUGUGUGGUGAUUGCUGCACUUAUAGAUCAAGCUUAGUUGGAUUAAACCUAUUUAUUCUGAUGUUAUCUUUCAAUAAAAGUUGCAAUUAAGUUGUAAAAAGAUUUGCCUUACAUCUUUGCUAGGAGACAUUUAUUGAUGGAUGCCCCUAAAGAAUUGGAAUGAUUUCCAAAUAAAGCAUUUGUAUACUAAU